AUGUCGACCCCAGGAGCCGGUCAUGAAUUCCCUCGCCAGGAGGUGUCUUGGCAGAAGCGCGACGUCCUGCUUUUUGCAAACAGUCUCGGUUGCAAAGCCGAUGAACUACACUUUCUCUACGAGCUUCAUCCAAACUUCGCGGUCUUUCCCACAUAUCCUGUUAUCCUUCCGUUCAAACUUACAGAUCAAGAAGUGACGGACUUUUAUGCACGCUCCGGAGGUUCUCCUAUUCCUGGUGUCCCUAAAUUUGACUAUCGCCGCGUUGUUGACGGCCAGCGCAAGCUCACUAUCCUCAAGCCCCUCCCUCCCACCAGUGCGGGUAAGGAAUUCGAGCUGCGCAACAAGGUCAUUGGAGUCUACGAUAAGGGCAAGCCCGGUACCGUGGUUGAGACGGAGCAGACUAUAGUUGAAAAGGGCACGGGUGAGGUCUACUCUAGGACUGAGAGCAGCGGUUUCUUCGUGGGUCAGGGCCCCAGCAACGUAAACUAUGCGCCGCCAGAAAACCGAAAGCCAGAUGCUGUCCAUAUAGUUCAAACAACUACGGAGACAGCUCAUCUUUAUCGGCUCAAUGGGGACUACAACCCUCUCCAUGCUACUCCUGAACCGGGUGAGAAGAUGGGCUUCGGGGGUACCAUUAUCCAUGGGCUCUUCAGUUGGAACUCUGCCGCCCACGGUGUUCUGAGAGAGCUUGGCGGUAGUGACCCGAAGAACCUCAAAGAAAUCCAAGCGCGGUUUGCUUCACCGGUCAGACCCGGUGACAAGCUGAUCACUGAGAUGUGGAGGAUUGGCAACGUUCAAGACGGCUACGAAGAGAUCAGGUUCAUAACUAAGAAUGAUAAGGGCAAGGCGGUUCUGAGCAAUGGUCGCUGUCUGAUGAAGGUAUUAAUUGAUCGAGGUGCUAGCACAUCGCAUUGCGUGUCAUCAUUUACCCGGAGAUAUGGAUUGCCUAAUCAGGCAUCAUCCGGUCUUGCUCGCUACCCUGCGCUACUGCGUGCAAAUUCAUCUGUUGCAAAACAGGCGCGGGGCUCUCGCUCUGCAAGUGAGAGCGAAAAUCCCUGGCCAGCGCACUUGGAGAACUCCAAGUGGCAGUCACUGACACUAGGCCAUGCGGGUCAUUAUGGGCGUUUGGAUAACUGCCAAUGCUCCAAGUGCAUCCAUCCUGAUACAAGACAACGGAUUGUUGAUACUUUCGCGAUACCUGAGGAUAUCAGCAUCAAGAAUCUCGUUUACGGGUCGGAAGGUUUGGAAAUAGAAUGGUCGGACGGACACCAUGCCUACUAUCCAUUCCCUUGGCUCAGGAGCCAUACCAACCAUAAAUUCAACAGCCCUAAGAAGAAAUUGAAGCUUAUCUUCAGAGAGACCAAAUCGUAUAUCCCCGGCAGAGUCAACACAUUUCCAACCUUCUCCUAUGCCGAGAUUAUGGCUGAUGACGGGGCUCUGCUUAAUUGGCUUGAAGCUAUAUACGACUGGGGAUUUUCCUUUGUCCAAGGAGUUCCUGUCAACCCGGAAUCAACCGAGAGCCUUAUCAAAAGGAUUGCUUUCAUUAGAAACACGCAUUACGGUGGAUUCUGGGAUUUCACGGCCGACUUGACCUACAAGGAUACCGCCUAUACCACAGAAUUUCUCGGUGCGCAUACAGACAAUACGUAUUUUACCGACCCUGCCAGACUUCAGCUCUUCCACCUGCUAUCCCAUACCGAUGGUGAUGGCGGGGCUAGCCUACUUGUAGAUGGAUUCCGGGCUGCUUCCGUUUUGCGUGACGAGCACCCGCAGGAUCUCCAAGCAUUAAUGUCAACGCGCCAACCUUACCACUCGAGUGGCAACGAGGAGACAUGUAUACAACCUGCGGAGCAAGCCCCGGUCCUUAAGCAUCACCCUGAGCUAAAACGGCUGUAUCAGGUUCGCUGGAACAACUAUGACCGGGCAGCCAAGAGUGACUGGAAUUACGGACAACAGACUGCAUGGUACACUGCGGCACGACACUGGAACGAAAUCAUUCGUCGUAAGGACAUGGAAAUCUGGACACAGCUUGAACCGGGGACGGCUCUCAUUUUCGACAAUUGGAGAAUGCUUCACGGUCGCUCGGAAUUCACAGGAAAGCGCAGGAUGUGCGGGGGCUAUGUCAACAAUGAUGACUUCAUUUCACGGUAUCGUCUUCUCAAGUUCGGCCGCGAAGAGGUCCUGAAAAACAUCGGCAAUGCUCGGUUGCACGCGGAAAACCCGCAUUAUUACCUUUAG